AUGGUUGGCAAAAUGUCACUCUUAUAUAUGUAGCCUCUUCAUACCAUACAUAUCAAAUCUCAUUUUUUAAUCCAACCUUAUGGUAGCAUUUCUAUUUCACCAUUUCUCAAUUCUGCUUGUGUAAGAAAACAAAGGGCCAUGAAGGAUUCACAAAAUAAACAAUACCAAGAAGAACAAGCCUUGAUGAAUCCACCAAAAAAGGGAAGAAACAAAUGUGUAACUUGCAUAUGCAUAGUGUUAUUACUAUUACUAGUUUUAGUAAUAGUUUGUGUUAUUCUUGCCUUCACCCUUUUCAAGCCAAAAGACCCAAAAACAAAGGUUGUUUCAGCUACUUUAGAAGGUAUAUCACCUCGUCUAACAUUUCCUGCUAUUAACAUACAACUCAAUGUUACUCUAAAUCUCAAGAUUCAAGUCGAUAAUCAAAACCAUGCAAGCUUCAAACAUGCAGAUGGAACUAGUCUUUUGAUGUAUAAAGGUGUUGAAGUUGGAGAUACAGAUAUAUAUGCUGGUUUGAUUCCUGCAAAAGGUUCUACUAUUCUUCCUUGUAGACUUACCCUUCAAGCUGAUAAAUUAGCAUCCAAUGUGACAGGUUUAUUAGGGGAUUUAAUGGGUGGUCAACUCUCUUUGGAAGCAGUUACUAGGAUUCCUGGAAGAGUUACUUUUCUUGGAUUUAUCAAGAAACAUAUCGUUGCUAAGUCUAAUUGUCAAUUUGUUUUUGGUUUUCCUGAUAUGGAGAUCAAAAGCCAAAUUUGCAAGAAUAAAGCUAAGUUAUGAUUGUAUUUGGAUUGCGGUGUGACUGCAUGAAGUCAGCUAUAUCUGAUCAGACGGUCUAGAUCUUAAUGUAGAUUCUAUAUUUUUUUAAAUUUAAAAUACCAGGUUUGAAGUUUGGACCGUCCAUUUUAAUCGGACGGUCCAUAUGUAGUGAAUCAUGCAUGAAGGCAAUAGAUUUGUAGAUUAUAUAUAUGGUCACUUCAUACUUUACUCAUAUAAAUAAUAGUGUUACAUGUAUUUAUAUAAAUUUAUGAAUGUAGUUUUGAUUGUGGUUUUGAAAAUUUUGGGAAUUCUAUUUUGAGGA